CUUUCAGUUAAUUUUUGUAUGUGGUUCAUUUUAUGCAAUGUGAUGCGAUAAUUAGCGGGUUUGUGUUGCUUUGUUGUAGCUAUAUACAAAGGCUGUUAUGUCAUAAUAAUUUGUCUGUGAACUACGCUAUAUACACACGCUGUUUGCCUUGUUGGCUGAAGGACUGUAAACUGGCUGCUGGGUGGAUCGUGUUCUCAACAUUCACUGACGAUGAAUUGUCUACUCUGUCAGUCACUCCUAUUCCCAUCAUUGACUGCUCACAGAAAAGCAUUUCUUCCGUGAAUGUACAUGCUCAUUCGCAUUCGUGUCUUUGUUUUCGCUUGACACGGUGCCGUGCACGGCCCCGCUCACAAACAAGCGCCGAUACCAUCGGAGGGUACAGCUCCGCAUGGUGAGAGACACGUACCACUACCGCCGAAGCACGCUUGUCUACUUGACCAUCGGGUAUACCAUUCCUUUCAUUUCCUUUGGUGCUGUAUGUUUUGUUAUGUCAUAGUAGGCAACCCACAAGUUGACUCGCAAUCCGUUAUCCGGGCCAAUGAGAAUUCACG